CCCCACAUAGAUCGUAACCCAAAUCGCUCGAGAUUCGGCACGCAAUGCUCUACCUGGUAACUUAUCAGCUCCGAGCCACUCUCCGCUGCAGGGGCUCGCACUUCCCAACAGUUUCGCCGCUCAUCAUCGCCACAAGUGGUCCGAAAGCAUCUCUUAUUCCGCGACGAUGGAAUUUCGGUUCGGAAAUGUCUGACAACGAUCCCGAUAUCAUAGAACGUGAAAAGAAGAAGAGUUUGGCACGUCGAACGCGUAGCCGCCUGCCGGACGCACCCUUCUGGGACGAAUUGCUGGCCUCCGAGUCUGAAGCUAUAAUCAAAGCAGAGAGAUCCAAAGCUGUUCCUCCCGAUCCAUGCUCGUUGCAACAGACGAGCGUCGAAGAAUUGCUCGUAGAAGACGCGGACGACUACACAUGUGUCUCUGCAACUUCGACGACGGUGGUUGUUGAGCAUCAGCAUAUCGAUAAGGAGAUUAGCCACGAGUCGCAUGUCACUGGAGAAGUUGAGAAGAGGAAAUGAUGAGAGAUGGAGGCAACGGUUCAAGACGGGUCGUUCUUUGCAACGAUCUCGGGCUUCAAUGCACAUUCAUUCCGAGCUGCUGAUGCGAAUACGGCAGUAGGAGAGAAAUAUAUAGGUGCAUAUUGGUCGGGCACUUUGCACGGGAGUGUACAUUCAGGGUAAGGAGAGGCAGGAAGCACGCAAAGCCUGGUACGAUAUGGCUUUGGCCCGGCGCCCUAUUACUAGCAAUGUAUCUCCCAUUUUGCUGUCAACUAGUUGAAGUUCUUCGAGUUUGUCUCAUAGCCAUCCCCGCUUUUGUAUUAAAUGAAUUAUGAAGGAUUUACUGUGAACAAGGCAUCAAAAGC